AUGAAUCAUAAUACAGAUCAACAAGAAGAAAACCUAGAAAAGAAAUCAUCAAAAAAUCAACCUACGCGAAAAAAGCAACGUUCCAAAAAGAAAUAUGGUCGACAAGGACGUAUCCAUAAACAAAUACGAUUCAACAAAAGAAAUCAUCCAUUAAAACGGAUAAAAUCUAUACAGGAUACUAAGGAUGAGACAUUAUCCAUGUUUCAACCGUAUUGCAUGAGGAAAAAAUGUAUUCCAUUGAAUAUCGGCACAAAUACAGAUCCAACACUCCUUUUAAGUGAUUAUUUAACAAUAUCCAAUACGAACUUUAAAGACAUGUUAUUAGCAACAGUUAUGGCAAAUGAUUUUCAAACAAAUACAUUCAUCGAAUUAUUGAAUAAUGACGAAGAAAUAUUAACAUAUAUGCGCCAAUUGACUGUUUUGAUGAAUAAAUUAAAUUAUUACAAAUUACAACAGGAGCAAUGGACUUAUUAUUAUCAACUUGGUGUAACCGAAGGUAUUUGUAAUGGACGAGUCUCAAAAGCGAUUGGCUCAAAUGAAUUCUAUGUGUCAUACUUAUGGUCGAUCCAAAGCAAUUGUCAAACAACGUAA